AUGGGGAAGUUGCGAUUGCCGUGUAUUAUUGGUGUGGCGGGUGGGCCUGCAUCUGGAAAGUCACUGGUCACGGAAAAGAUUAUGGAGCGUCUCGGAACGCUGAACCAGGGCAGGAACAAACAGGUAAUUACGAUUCCAAUGGAGUCAUUCUACAAGGAGUUGGACGAAGAAGAGCGAUUGAAAGCUGCCCUAGGAGAGUACGACUUCGAUCACCCAUCUGCGUUCGACUUCGAUAAAUUGACGGAAACAAUAUCUCAGUUGGAGCAGGGGAAAGCUGUGACGAUUCCGAAGUACGACUUCUUGACGAGUACGCGAAAAGGGACACUGCGUAUAGAACCGGCUGAUGUGAUUAUUGUGGAAGGCAUUCUGAUUUUUUAUGAUGCACGUCUUCGAAACAAGUUCGCUAUGAAACUGUUCGUUGAUGCGGACGCUGACAUUCGCCUAGCACGUCGUGUCCGACGCGACACAGUGGAACGCAAGCGACCACUUUCUGUUGUUCUCAACCAGUACACAAAGAAAGUAAAACCUGCUUUUGAAGAAUUCUGCCUUCCUACGAAGAAGUGGGCAGAUGUAAUUAUUCCGAGAGGUGGUGAAAAUGACGUUGCGAUUGAUCUUCUGGUUCAGCAUAUUCAGGAUCUACUCAGAACACCGCGCGGAAGUCCCGAACGGACAAAAACGUUCGAUGAAAUUGGCGAUGCCAAAUUGAAAGUAUAUGGUCUACAUUAA